AUGUGUGACCAGCAGCAGAUUCAGUGUUGCCUGCCGCUCCCACAGUGUUGUGUCAAGGGUUCCUCUUUCUACUCCUCUCAGUCCCCCUUUGCCAACAACCAGGUGGUGGUUCAAGCCCCUUGUGAGAUGCAGAUCGUGGAGUGCCCUGCACCAUGCCCAGUUCAAGUUUCCCAGGCUCCAUGCCAGGCUCCAAGCCAGUCCCAGACCACGAAGGUGAAGGGCCAGUCUAAGACCAAGCAGGGGAAGGGCCAGGCUCCAAGCCAGUCCCAGACCACCCAGGUGAAGGGCCAGGCUCUGUCCCAGUCUCAAGUUUCCUAUGUUCAAUGCCAGGCUCCAGGCCAGUCUGAGGUUUGCUACCUGCAAUGUGAAGCCCCACAGCCUGUUCAGACUUGCUAUGUAGAAUGUUCUCCAGUUUGUUGUACAGAAACUUGUUAUGUGGAAGGCCCAGUCCAGACCUAUGUACCCUACCCAGCUCCUCAGUCUGUCCAGACUUAUGUGGAACGUGCCCCAGUGUGCCAGACUCAGGGAAGAUUCUCUACCCAGGGCCAGUAUCAGGGUUCCUACAGAAGAUCCACCCCCCAGUUCCAGCAGCGGGCUUCCUACAGCAGCUGUGCCCCCCAGUUCCAGCCACGGGCUUCCUACAGCAGCUGUAUCCCCCAGUUCCAGUCACGGUCCCGGGCUUCAUUUAGCACUUGUGUGCCCCAGUGCCAGACCCAAGGCUCCUACGGGAGCUUCACUGCAGAGCGCAGGUCUCGGAGCACCAGCAGAUGCCUCCCUUCUCGCCGGCUGGAGCCUUCUCCCCGCAGUUGUUCCCCACCACGACGUUCUGAGCCCUACUACAGCAGCUACCUGCCAUCGCGAUCCUCUGCAGGUUACCCUAACUACUGCACCCCACCCCGCCGCUCUGAACCCAUCUCUGCCAGCCACUGUCAUCGGGGCCCCACUUCAGACUGCUCUCAGAGAUGCAGACCCAAGUGCCGUAUAGAGAUUUCCUCCCCCUGCUGCCCCCGGCAGGUUCCCCCACAAAGGGGUCGUGUUCAAAUUCCUCCCAUCCGACGCCGCUCCCAGAGCUGUGGCCCACAAACCUCCUGGGGUGCCUCCUGCCCAGAGCUGAGGCCACACAUGGAGCCACGUCCGCUCCCAAGCUUCUGUCCACCACGGCGUCUUGACCAACACCCAGAGCCAUCACUGCAGAGAUAUCCAUUUCCUGCUCCACGUCCACGUCCACGCCCAGAACGAUGCGCAAGUCCAGAACUCCGUCCGUGCCCUCCACCAAGGAGACUUUCAGAGCCUUGUUUGCGCCCAACACCACUUCCAGCACCACGUCUAGCUCCACGUCCAGCUUCCCGCCCUCGCCCAGUGCAGUGUGAGAUUCCAGGGCCACGACCAUUCCCACAGCGCUGUCAGUCCCCAGAGCCUCAUCCACGGCCAGAGCCAAUUCCUUUGCCAGCGCCCUGCCCAAGCCCAGAGCCGCUCGGGGAGCCUUGGCACUAUCCCAGCCCUUGCCCCAGCCCAAAUCCAAGUCCAUGCCCAGGAGACCUAGGCUGUCAUGAGUCUAGUCCACGCCACCUAGACACCGAGGCUCCCGGCUGUGGCCCAUCCAGUUGUAACCAGGGGCAAGAGAGUGGUGCUGGUUGUGGACCUGGUGAUGUGUUUCCAGAACCACAGGGUCAGGGAGGUUGUGGAGACCAAGGCAAUACCUGUGCUGGGGCCAACGGUGCCUAUUUUUAA